UAAUUCUUGUUCAUUUAUAAAAUCCCCCCAUUAUUAUGAUUUCGAGCAUCAAAUCACCAUUUGAGUGCCUUUUUCCUUCAUUGAUAUUUACAAUAUAUAUUUAUGUGUUAUGCCGAUCCUAUUUUUAAAAAACAGAAUGUAGUUUUAUUCUCUCUCCUAAAAAUUUUCUCUCCGUACAAUAUUUUCUUCUCUUAGUUUUCUUGUGCAUUGCUGCUGUGUUGGUACUUUCUUAUGGUGAUUAUCAUGUAGUCCAGUGGUGAUUAGCAUGUAGUCUAGUGUAUUCCUCUGAAUCAUUAGGUUUGCAUUGGCUGUGGGUUGGUUUUAGAUGGGGUUGUGCAAGGAGGUAUUCAUUGAUCAGAAAUUGUUCGAGCUCAAAAAGGAGAAUGCAAAGUGGUGGAGGAUUAUAGAAAGUAGCCAUCGUGGGGUGAAGUACAUUUCAGUGGACGGGGAAACUCUAGGCUGGCUGGGUUCUAUGGUGAAGGAUUGUACAGUAACAGUGGGUUCUCAGGAGUUUCUGCAAACUCGUAGAAAAGGAGACACUGUGAUAAUAGUGAGGAAGGGACAUAACUUUAAUGGUAGUUUUAUUUCCAUUUCAGAAUUUGGUCGUGAUAAGAGAAGAGGCUUGCUAGUGAUUCCGGAAGGAAGGAAGGGGGAGGGAUGGAAAAAGCUUGCUGACAUUUUAAUGGAGAUGGCUGAUUUUCAGAUAGUUGCUGCAAAGAAGAACAAUGGUGAGGGAGGUGUUCCAUCAUCGUUGGCAGGUGGGGCAAGGACGUACAGUGAAGUGUUGAAGAAGUUACCGUAUCAGGAUGCGGUAGUGGUGUCAGGUGUAACCAUACCUGAGGACGUGCAGCGGAAUGGUGUGGCAGAAAGCAGUUUGGCGGGGCUAAAUGAGGGAAGUAUUUUGAAGAUGUUAACGGGAUUGGAGGAGAAGAUCGGCAUUGUGCUAGAUGAAAUAAAUCAUCUAAAACGCUGUGUUAAAGGCAAGGAGGUGAUGGGCCGAAUUGGUGGGCCUGGUAUGGGGCUGAGCAGAACAAUGGGCUUGGGCAAGGGUCAGACUUCAGGCCCUGUGAAGGUCUGGAGGGCAGUGGAGAAAGCCGGGUCGGGGAAGGGUCUCGGAUCCGUGAUAUCGGACCAGGGAAAGAGAGUGCCGCCGAUAACCUCAUUACCGGCAACCAUGCCGGCACAGAAGUGGCCGACAACCUCGGUCGACCCCUCUGGUGAGAUGGGAAACGAGAUCCGCCUCGGAUCCGAGAUUUCGGACCAGAGCCAGGAUGCUUCUGUGGAGCCGAUAAAUGGAUUAUCGGCAACCCUGCCGGCACAGAAGCUGCCGACACACUCGGACGACUAUUCAGGUGAGGCGGCGAAGGAGGUCCGACGGGAAGAGACAGAGGAGGGGGAGUUUCUGGCGUUAGAGAGUGCGUCUGCGUCUUUGUCUUCAGAGCUAUUGUUGGGAAAUGUAUUCUCGGAAUUUUGUGUGGUGGACGAAGCUCCAGAAGAAGGGCAUGAGCAGUCUGGGUUGAGGGAUAGAGAGCUGCAUCGUUGUGGGGAGAUGCUUUCGCGGGACAGCAACGUGAUUCAGAGUGGUCUUCCACUUUUGGUGAGGAGCAGUUCUGAUGAGUUAGUUGAUGGGGUUGAUUCUCUUAUUAAUAAUAUGGGUGUAAAUGGUGAAACAAAUAAACUGAUGGUUUCGGUGAUUCCCAAGAACAGUAUUGGGGAAGAGGGGACUCUUACUCCUUUAUGUACACUCCCUCCCAGUGAUUAUAGGAGUUAUUCGACGCAUUGGAUUUUUAAAAAGGUAGAGGAGUUACAGAAAAUAUUCGGGGUUUCUUUUGGAGGUUAUGAGGAACAAUUUAUGGCCCUUUUAGUGGCUAUUGAAGCUAGCCGUUCAAAAUCAGCCUCAAAGCAAGAUAGGGAACUUAAACGCCUAACAUGCUCCAUCAAUUACGAUGUCAAGGAGGGGAGUAGUGGAAGGGUUAGAUCAAAAGGGAGGGGUAAGUUAAGUUUUAAUGAAGCCUAAGCUCGUUUCUUGGAAUGUAAGGGGUCUCAAUAAUAGGGAAAAACGCCUUCGGAUCAAAGCUCUAUUGAGACUAUGGAAGGGAGAUGUGAUAUGCUUGCAAGAAACAAAGUUGGGUCUUAUUGAUAGAAGUAUUGUGCGUAGUAUUUGGGGAUGCCCUUAUUUGGGUUGGUCUUAUUUAGCCUCUCAGGGAGCAUCAGGUGGAGUAUUAUUAAUGUGGGAUAAAAGAGUGAUUGAGGAGAUUGAGGAAUGUGUUGGAGAGUUUUCGGUUUCGGUGUUGUUUAAAAAUGUGAGUGAUGGGUGGAUUUGGGCUUUUGCAGGGUCUUAUGGUCCUAACAUAGAUAGUGAUAGACGACGGUUGUGGGAGGAGUUGGCGGGAAUACACUCUUUAUGGGAUGUGCCGUGGUGUAUGGGGGUGAUUUUAACAUUAUUCGCUUUCCUAGUGAACGAUCGGGGCAUCAUCGACACACUUUGGCCAUGGCGGAAUUCUCUGAGUUCAUCUUUGAUAUGGAUCUUAUGGACCUCCCCUUGGUGGGUGGUGAGUUUACUUGGUCUAAUGGCCGUGUUUGGUCGAAAUUGGAUAGAUUUCUUGUCUCGCCAUUAUGGGAAGCACACUACCCAGAAGUUAGCCAGAAAAGGUUAGCUAGAGUCAGUUCAGACCAUUUUCCCAUCCUUUUAGAUUGUGGUGGUAUUCAAGGGGGUCGCCGGUACUUCAAGUUUGAGAAUAUGUGGCUUAAGGUAAACGGGUUUGUAGAGAUGGUGAGAAAUUGGUGGACUUCAUACCAGUUUAGUGGCACUCCGAGUUUUAUUCUUGCAGGUAAGAUGAAGGCUCUAAAGCAAGACCUGAAGAAAUGGAACUUGGAAGUUUUUGGUCAUAUUGACAAUCAGAAGUCUAUUUUGUUGGAGGAGUUGCAGGAGUUGGAGGGUAAGGAAUUAUUGGGAAGGGCCUCGGAGGAGGAGUUAUUGAGAAAAGUGACGGUUGUGGCAGAAUUGGAAAGGGUUUUGCUGUUAGAAGAGACUUCAUGGCGUCAAAAAUCCAGAGCCCUCUGGUUGAAAGAGGGUGAUAGGUGUACGAAGUUUUUCCACAAAAUGGCUAAUUCUCAUCGACGCAAUAAUGCGAUUGAGUUGUUACAUUCAGGUACACAGGUGCUAUCUUCUUCGGCUGAUCUAGAAAGUCACAUUGCACAUUAUUAUGAGACUCUGCUUACCGAACCAGCAACUUGGAGGCCGAAGCUUGAUGACUUACCGUUUGAGACAAUUGAUUCACAGCUGGUUAAUGUAUUGGAGAGACCUUUUGUGGAAGAUGAGAUCUUCAAGGUCAUAUCUGGUAUGGUUAAGGACAAAGCGCCGGGCCCGGAUGGUUUUUCAAUGGGUUUCUUUCAAACUUGUUGGGAUGUGGUGAAAGGUGAUGUCUUGCGGGUGUUCAGUGAAUUUCAUGCUUAUCAAAAGCUUGAAAAAUCACUUAAUGCGACUUUUAUCGCACUCAUUCCAAAGAAAAGUGGGGCGUCGAAUAUUGAGGAUUUUCGUCCAAUAAGUUUGAUUAGCAGUGUCUAUAAGAUUAUUUCAAAGGUCCUUGCUAACCGGCUCAGUCUAGUGCUGGAAAAUAUUAUCUCCAAGCCCCAGAAUGCUUUUAUUCAUGGGAGAUAUAUACUUGAUUCGGUGCUCAUUGCAAAUGAGUGUUUGGAUGCUAGGUUGAGGGAGGGAAGUCCAGGUAUUCUUUGCAAGCUAGACAUGGAGAAGGCUUAUGACCAUGUGAACUGGGAUUUCCUUUUGUAUUUAUUGAAGAGGUGUGGCUUUGGAGAUAGGUGGAUUUCCUGGAUGCGUUUUUGCAUUUCAACAGCCCGGUUUUCAGUUUAUGGAGGCGCUGAGCAAGAUGUUGCAGGCUACUGUUAGUGGGGGUUUCUUAUCUGGUUUUCAGGUGGGAAAUGGCUCUGGUAGCUCUUGUAUCAUUUCACAUCUUCUUUUCGCAGACGACACUCUGUUGUUUUGUGAAGCGGAUAGGAGUCAGGUCCAAACUUUGCGUGCAUUAUUACUUUGUUUUGAAGCAGUAUCAGGACUCAAGGUGAAUCUUGACAAGUCUGAGAUGGUACCGGUGGGGGUGGUCCCUAAUAUACGCAAUCUAGCUAGUCUUUUGGGUUGCAGGGUGUCCUCGCUCCCAAUGAAAUACCUGGGCCUUCCGCUAGGUGCUACUUUCAAGAGUAGAGCUAUGUGGGAUGGGGUGGUCGAAAAGAUAGAAAAAAGGUUGGCUGGAUGGAAAAGGGUGUAUCUUUCGAAAGGGGGUCGUCUCACUCUUAUCAAGAGUACCCUUACAAAUCUUCCCACUUAUUUUUUAUCCCUUUUUCCUAUGCCUGUUGGGGUGGUGAAUAGAAUCGAGAAACUAUUCAAGGCAUUUUUAUGGGGAGGCUUAGGGGAGGAGAAGAAAGUUCAUUUGGUUAAUUGGAAAUCAGUAUGUUCUCCAGUUGAGUAUGGGGGGUUGGGUGUGUGUAAUUUGAGAACUUUUAAUAAAGUGUUGUUGGGGAAAUGGCUUUGGAGAUAUCAUAUGGAAGAGGGUUCUUUGUGGAGGGAAAUAAUAGAUGCUAAACAUGGAGUUGAUUGGGGUGGUUGGUGUUCUAAAGAAGUGAGAGGGGGGCAUGGAGGGGGG